GUUCUAUUCUUUAGGAACGUAACGGACGAGUUAUCAAAUAAGAUAUCAUUCAUUGAUCCUGAUGGGAAUUCUGUUGAAACCAUAAUGGAGAAAGGUCAUCAUACUAGUAUCAUUCUAGAUGCAUACAAUAAGUUAGCAACUAGCCGCACCUAGGCAGGUUAUGGAAGAUGACGCUCGUGGCGGCUAUGUGGAUAGGGGGGCCGGUUGAGGAAGGGACGACUGAAGAGGGCCACGGUCCUAUGGCGGAGGGCAGAUUAAAUUCCGUUAUGGCUUUGAAGCUUGAUGCGGCAGCUGGAUGCAGGACACAAAUCGGAACCUGUGCUGGGUUGGGGGCUGGUCGAGGGGACAGUCUGGAACUCAGUGGAGGUGGUGGGGCUGCUGGACGUGCUGUGGAAGGUGGUGAAGAUGUUGGACCAGGGCAGGUUGGCCGUGAUCAAGAGGAUGGGAGCAGUGAAUCUCAGUGCUUUGAGGACCAAAGAUUGGAAAAAAAGUUGACCUGGGAUCUGGCUAUAGAAUCAGGUGCGAUGUUGUUCAAUGAGGAAGAUGACAUCAUGGUAAUCCUCCAGGCACAGAAUGAAGAAAUAGCUCGGAAGAGAAAAGUGGCGAAACAAAAGGCAAAGAUGAGGCGUUGCAGACCCAAAUCUACAAAACAGUGAUUUUAGAGCUUAUAGGACAAGAAUGGCUCAGAGGAUGGAAAGGAAGCAUGCAAAAGUGGAAGGAAUACAAGAAGUUGGAGAAAUUGCUAAGCUGUCCAGCUUGACCUCUUCGCACUCAAAUGGCUAUAACUUUAGCUAUAGAGGUCCAAAUGACGCGGUUCCAGUUGGGUUGGAAAGCUAACGUCCGGGGCUUCGAUUUGAUAUAUAAUAUGUCGUAGUUGCUCUGACGCUAGGUGACGCGGUCACGUGAUCCACGCGGACGCGUCGCAGUAGCGAAAAACCAGUGUGGCAGAUUUCAUCUCUAGCAAUUUCUGGGCUGUUUUCGACCCAGUUUGCGGCCCAGAAAACACAGAU